AUAUCAAAGAGCACGUGAAGCAGCUGGAGAAGGCCGUGUCAGGGAAGGAGCCACGCUAUGUCCUGCGUGCUUUGCGGGCUCUGCCCUCCACCUCCCGCCGACUCAACUCCAACGUGCUUCACAAAGCCAUCAAUGGCUUCUUCACCUCCAACAGCACCAUGCGGGACUUCCUCCUCAGCUUCCUGGAGGAGUCCAUGGACACGGAAGCAGAGCUGCAGUUUCGCCCACGGACGGGGAAGGCGGCCUCAGCACCUCUCCUGCCAGAAGUGGAGACCUACCUCCAGCUGCUUCUCGUCAUCUACCUGAUGAAUAGCAAGCGAUACCCAGAGGCUCAGAAAGUGUCUGAUGACCUAAUGCAGAAGAUCAGUUCCCAAAACCGCCGAGCCCUUGACCUGGUGGUGGCAAAAUGUUAUUAUUACCACUCCCGCAUCUAUGAAUUCCUGAAUAAACUCGAUGUGGUCAGGAGCUUCCUGCAUGCCCGGCUACGGACAGCCACACUGCGCCAUGAUGCAGACGGGCAGGCCACCCUCCUCAACCUGCUGCUGAGGAACUAUCUCCACUACAACCUCUAUGACCAGGCAGAAAAGCUUGUCUCCAAGUCUGUGUUUCCCGAGCAAGCCAACAACAAUGAGUGGGCUCGGUACCUUUAUUACACAGGGCGCAUUAAGGCCAUCCAGCUGGAGUACUCGGAGGCGCGGAGGACCAUGACGAACGCCCUGCGGAAGGCACCGCAGCACACGGCCGUCGGCUUCAAGCAGACGGUGCACAAGCUGCUCAUUGUGGUGGAACUGCUGCUCGGGGAGAUCCCGGACAGGCUCCAGUUCAGACAACCCUCCCUCAAGCGGUCGCUCAUGCCCUACUUCCUCCUGACUCAGGCCGUCAGGACCGGGAACCUGGCCAAGUUCAACCAAGUCCUUGAUCAGUUUGGGGACAAGUUCCAGGCCGAUGGCACCUACACCCUGAUCAUUCGUCUGAGGCACAACGUCAUCAAGACGGGUGUCCGUAUGAUCAGCCUCUCCUAUUCUCGCAUCUCCCUGGCCGAUAUUGCCCAGAAGCUGCAGCUGGACAGUCCGGAGGAUGCGGAGUUCAUUGUUGCCAAGGCCAUCCGGGACGGUGUGAUCGAGGCCAGCAUUAACCACGAGAAGGGCUACGUCCAGUCGAAGGAAAUGAUCGACAUCUACUCCACCCGGGAGCCCCAGCUGGCCUUUCACCAGCGCAUCUCUUUCUGCCUCGACAUCCACAACAUGUCUGUCAAGGCCAUGAGGUUCCCACCCAAAUCUUACAACAAGGACUUGGAGUCUGCAGAGGAGCGCCGGGAGCGCGAGCAGCAGGACCUGGAGUUCGCAAAGGAGAUGGCAGAGGACGAUGAUGACGGUUUUCCGUGACCCUCUGGCCUGGCUGUAUUUUUUUAUUUGUCCCUAGGGAAGAUGCUGUCUGAGCGGAGCUCCCCCCCGCAGCCCCGGUCCCCCCGUCUGCCUUUGUUUUAUAAAUACCUGCAUGUCUGUACUGCGGGCGGGGACGUGGGGGUUCCCUGGGCCCACAGCCGUAGGCCCUGCUCUCCCGUCCCCCUGCCACCCACGGUGGGAACCCCCUUCCCCAAUAAACAAACAUUCUUUUAAGGUUGCUUGUGGUCACGGUGGUUGCUGAGCCCGGCAGAGGUGCAGACAAGCCCACGAAGGGGGAGCUGCCGGGGCAGCGGGGCCAGGGCAGGCGCGGGGCUGGAGCACGGCUCCGCAGGGACCGUGGGUGCCCCCAGCUCUCACAACAAUAAUGGGGUCAAACUUUGUUAAGCUUCAAUUAUGACUUUUAAAAUAAAAGUUGGAAAAACA